AUGCGCAACAACACCUGCCAUUUACCAAAUGGCCUCUCGUUUACGGUGACCCCGGUCUUUGGCGGAGUCACCUUCAAAUCGAACGAUACGCUGUCUCACAGCUCCAAUGCGACAUUUCCUCCCGGAUGGACCAUCAUCAUUCAGACCGAGAAAGAAGGCCAUAGAUCUCCUGCGAUUGCGGAAGAGCGAGGAAGGACAGGACCUGACAAUGGCCGGCCUCCAUCCAGCGGCAGCGACGACAGCAACGUCCAGCGAUUCACGACGCCGACCCUGAACCGGGACAGUCUCUAUAUUUCCUACAUCGUCAACCCCCCGUCGAGCGAUUUCAAACCGACGAUAUCGCCUACUCGUCAAAUUGCAAUGAUGCUGUGGGCGACAAUGUGGUGGUACUUUCACGAGCCGGAGCCCGACCUGCAUCUGGAGACGGCCGCGUCGCAAUCGACGCCAGUCUCCGGACGACCCCAGGGCGAAUGGCGCGUGAAUAUCAGGAGAGAAGGGAUCUUUAAAGGUCGAAAUCUGCUGCAGAAGCUGGAGCGCAUGGGUCUCAUCGCCAGCGAAGACUCCUCCGUGGGCCUUCAACCCAUGGAAACUCGGGACUCGAGCGCGUGGACGAAUAUGUUUGUGAGCCGACGCAGCUUCUGGCAGAUUGAUCCACGCAUGUAUCUCUUCACUCUCACACCUCGUGGCUCCCCUCCCUCACCUUCUUUGACUCCCUACCAAUCCCGACAUGGAUCCCCCGCGCGAGAAAGCCUCGGCGGCCCGUUGCCGGCAGAGGUCUCGUUCCACACGACCAACAUCGGCACGUUCACGUCCGUUGGACCUUUCACGUCGGCCAGUCACCUGCCCACGUAUUAUCCCCCGGCGCCCACGCAGUAUACAUUUACUCGGGGCGUGCGGCAUCCGGUACGACCGAAACCCCCACACCAAGGGGAAGUCUUCUAUGUGCGUCACGUCCCGAGCGUGGACCAGUACCUUUCUUUCCGCGUGCCAUUCUUGCCCAUGAGCAAGACUUCGACUACGGGGUCCAAGGACACUGCUGCUCCCAGCAGUCGUCCCUCUACCCCAACCGCCACCGUCAGCUCCGGGGUGACCAGUAUCGAGCAGCAUCUGUGCUCGAAGGCACCCUCGGAUCUGGACAUGCUCCACCGAUGGAUGAAUGAUCCACGCGUAGAAGCCAUGUGGAAGGAAGGUGGUGCACGGGAGGUCCAAGAGCAAUUCUUGCUGAAGAAUCUUACCAGCCGGCACAGUUUCCCCGUCAUUGGCUGCUGGGACGGACGUCCAUUCGGGUAUUUUGAGAUCUACUGGGUCAAGGAAGACCCGCUAGGUCGGUUGUUGGACCGAGUCGAGAACUACGACCGUGGUAUUCACCUGCUUGUUGGAGAGCAGGAGUUCCGUGGAUCUCAUCGGGUGGCGAUCUGGUUGAGUGCCUUGGUGCAUCAUUGCUUCUUGUCUGAUAUGCGGACGGAGACGGUAUAUCUGGAGCCGCGGGUGGACAAUGUCAAGAUCAUCAAAUACCUCCAGGACGCAGGAUUCUACAAGGAGGGAGAAGUCAACUUCCCGCACAAGCGAUCCGCCGUGAUGAAGAUCAAGCGAGAGUUCUGGGAGGCUCCAGCUUUGUGA